ACUUUGCCUUUGCCUUUCCUUCGUUGCUCCGCCUUGCCGCUGAACAAGUUGCCAUAUUCAAUACGACAGUACUUCCCCAAUCCAUAUGUCUUUACAAGGAUCCGAUCAUCUCCGUCGGCUUUGCUGCCGUCACCGUCACCACCUCCACCACCACUUGCACGGUGUGCCUUCUUACUGUGCCUUCCACAACCAUUACUUUCACUGUCACUGUCACCGUCACCGACAAGGAUCCAAUAUUGUAACUCCUCCUCCUCUUCUUCAAAAUCCAGAGUCUCUCGUUCCCUUCCCCGUCGGAAACAAUUCCAAUGUGGGGGCUGCUGAACAUGAAGAAGCCGAUGGUGCUGCCGCCCACAUCUCACAAGAGCAGGAGCAUCUGCAUCAAGAUGAAGAAGAGGAUGACGAGCCAAUUUUCGUUCUAACUGACGAGUGGAGGGAUUUCUUUGCAAAAUCUGAAGCUCGAAGGCAACAAGAAAAGAAGCAACGGAAGAAGGGAAAGAAGUAAAUAUAGGAGAUGGAAAUGUUUUGACCAAGCAUAGAGAGGAACAUUUGUUAAGAGAAAACGGUUCCUCCACGGCUGAUCAGGAGACUUCACAAGAGUACUUGAUCAGGAAUCAGGAUCCUGCCAUUGAUUAUGUGAUAUUUUUUUUGGUGAUUCAAAGGAGGAUCAAUUGUUAUGUUUGAAAAGGAAUAGUGUUAAUUUUGAAAAGGGAUAGUGUUAUUUUUUUAGUCAUUUAGAGAGUAGUUUGAAAAGGAAUAGUGUUAAUUUUUCUGUGAUUUUAGGAUGAAUGCUUGACUAAUGGUAGUAGUUUGUCAUGUUUUUUUUUUUUUAAGAUAUAAUCAUUUUGUAAAUUACCACUGCACGUUAGUGAUGCCAAUAUAAAAGGCAAUCAUGUAUGAAA